UAGUUCAUAGCAUUAUGCCCAUCACUUGUUUAAUUAGCUAACUAAAGAACGUAAUGGUGAUGGAAACAAUUAACCGUAUGCUUAUUUUCUCCAUGAUAACCCUAGGGUUAGUCUUCUGCUUCUUCCCAAAAGAAGCUGCGGCGGACCAGGGGACUGCUACCUUCUACACUCCUCCAUACGUUCCAUCUUCAUGCUAUGGGAAUUCAGAUGAAGGUGUAAUGAUUGCAGCAGCAAGUGAAGCAAUAUGGGACAACCGAGCAGCUUGUGGAAGAAACUAUAGAGUGACUUGCCUAAGUGCAACCAACAAGGGAGACCCUCACCCUUGCAAUGGUAACUCUGUGGUUGUGAAAAUUGUGGACUAUUGCCCCCCACCAGGUUGUCAGGCCACCAUUGAUUUAUCUCAAGAAGCUUUUUCCUCCAUCGCCAACCCUGAUGCUGGAAAGAUUAAUAUUGCCUUUGAUCGUGUGUGAAGUGAGAAGAGGGUUAUGUUUCUGUUGGGUGGAAAUAAGAGGCGUUUGAAGAUACCAGAAGCAGCAGUGAAUUAAAGUUAUUAUGUGCUUGAAAAAGAUGUAUUUGUAAAAUAAAGUUUAAGUGCUUGAACAAGAUGUAUUUGUAAUAUUGUCAAUAUUCAGAAAAAUAAAUUAAUUAAGAUGCA